CCUGUUGCUAGGCAGAGUGCGGCCUAGUCAAGCCGGGCGGAGCGUCACUCCCGAUGAGUCGGCGUUGAGGGAAGCAUCCCGCGAGGCGACGGAGAGAGCGAGACCGAGAGCCGCCUUCAACGGACGCAGAGAGCAGGAAAGCCCGCGGCGAGUAGGCCCAGCCACCUUCCCUUCGCCGCUGAAGCCGCCACCAUGGCCUCGGGACCGGAUUCCAAAAGUGAUGACUUAUCGACUGCAAUUCUUAAGCAGAAGAACAGGCCUAAUCGGUUGAUUGUUGAUGAAGCAAUUAACGAGGACAACAGUGUUGUGUCAUUGUCCCAGGCCAAAAUGGAUGAACUGCAACUCUUCAGGGGAGACACAGUCCUGCUGAAAGGGAAGAAGAGGAGGGAAGCAGUGUGUAUUGUGUUGUCCGAUGACACCUGCUCUGAUGAGAAAAUCCGCAUGAACAGAGUGGUUCGCAACAACCUGAGGGUGCGCCUGGGAGAUGUGAUCAGCAUCCAGCCGUGUCCAGAUGUGAAGUAUGGCAAACGGAUUCACGUGCUGCCCAUCGAUGACACUGUGGAAGGGAUCACAGGGAACCUGUUUGAGGUCUACCUCAAACCCUACUUCCUGGAAGCAUACCGACCAAUCAGAAAAGGGGACAUCUUCCUGGUGCGCGGAGGGAUGCGUGCCGUGGAGUUCAAAGUAGUGGAGACCGACCCGAGCCCAUACUGCAUUGUCGCUCCAGACACUGUGAUCCACUGUGAGGGAGAGCCCAUCAAGCGAGAGGAUGAAGAGGAGUCCCUGAAUGAAGUGGGCUAUGAUGACAUUGGAGGCUGCCGGAAGCAGCUGGCCCAAAUCAAAGAAAUGGUGGAGCUCCCCCUGAGGCACCCAGCCCUUUUCAAGGCCAUUGGUGUGAAGCCUCCCCGAGGAAUCCUGCUUUAUGGACCACCAGGCACCGGGAAGACCCUGAUUGCCCGCGCAGUGGCUAAUGAAACAGGAGCUUUCUUCUUCCUGAUCAAUGGUCCUGAGAUUAUGAGCAAGUUGGCAGGUGAGUCAGAGAGCAACCUGCGGAAGGCCUUUGAGGAAGCGGAGAAGAACGCUCCCGCCAUCAUCUUCAUUGAUGAGCUGGAUGCCAUUGCUCCAAAGAGAGAGAAGACACAUGGUGAAGUGGAACGGCGCAUUGUGUCUCAGCUGCUGACCCUCAUGGACGGCCUGAAACAGAGAGCACAUGUGAUUGUCAUGGCCGCUACCAACAGACCCAACAGCAUUGAUCCCGCACUCCGGCGAUUUGGUCGCUUUGACAGAGAGGUCGAUAUUGGCAUUCCGGAUGCCACCGGCCGCCUGGAGAUCUUGCAAAUCCAUACCAAGAACAUGAAACUAUCUGAUGAUGUUGAUCUGGAGCAGGUGGCAAACGAGACCCAUGGCCACGUCGGUGCAGACUUGGCUGCCCUAUGCUCAGAGGCCGCUCUGCAGGCCAUCCGGAAGAAGAUGGAUCUCAUUGACCUUGAGGACGAGACCAUUGAUGCCGAAGUGAUGAACUCUCUGGCCGUGACCAUGGAUGACUUCAGGUGGGCCCUGAGCCAGAGCAACCCCUCAGCGCUGCGUGAGACCGUGGUGGAGGUGCCACAGGUGACCUGGCAAGAUAUCGGAGGCUUGGAGGAUGUGAAAAGAGAGCUCCAGGAGCUUGUGCAGUACCCAGUGGAGCAUCCUGACAAAUUCCUUAAGUUUGGCAUGACGCCCUCCAAGGGGGUGCUGUUCUAUGGGCCCCCCGGAUGUGGGAAGACCCUGCUGGCCAAAGCCAUUGCCAAUGAAUGUCAGGCCAACUUCAUCUCCAUCAAGGGGCCAGAGCUGCUCACUAUGUGGUUUGGGGAGUCAGAGGCAAAUGUCCGCGAGAUCUUUGACAAGGCCCGCCAAGCUGCCCCCUGUGUGCUCUUCUUUGACGAGCUGGACUCCAUUGCCAAGGCCCGUGGAGGGAACAUCGGAGAUGGUGGCGGUGCUGCCGACAGAGUCAUCAACCAGAUCCUGACGGAGAUGGACGGCAUGUCCACCAAGAAGAACGUCUUCAUCAUCGGCGCCACCAACCGGCCAGACAUCAUCGACCCGGCCAUCCUGCGUCCCGGGCGUCUGGACCAGCUGAUCUACAUCCCUCUGCCCGAUGAGAAGUCCCGCGUGGCCAUCCUCAAGGCCAACCUGCGGAAGUCCCCUGUAGCCAAGGAUGUGGAUCUUGACUUCCUGGCCAAAAUGACCAAUGGCUUUUCAGGAGCAGAUCUCACUGAGAUCUGCCAGCGCGCCUGCAAACUGGCCAUCCGAGAGUCCAUCGAGAGCGAGAUUCGGCGGGAGCGGGAGAGGCAGACCAACCCUUCCGCCAUGGAGGUGGAGGAGGAUGACCCCGUCCCAGAAAUCCGGCGCGACCACUUUGAGGAGGCCAUGCGCUUUGCCCGCCGAUCUGUCAGCGAUAAUGACAUCCGCAAAUACGAGAUGUUCGCCCAGACCUUACAGCAGAGCCGGGGCUUUGGAAGCUUCAGAUUCCCCUCGGGCAACCAGGGCGGUGCUGGACCAAGCCAGGGCACGGGCGGCAGUGGCGGCGGCGGCAACGUCUACAGCGAAGACAACGACGACGACCUCUACGGCUAAAGCGCGGCCGGAGCGGACCAAACUCCCGAAGAGGCCACCACGUUGUUGUACAGGGCGACCAAAACAUCCCGGUGGCCGACGGACUCCUGGCUUCUUCAUUCCUUGGUCAGACCCUCGUAGCCGCCGCUCCGUGUCCGCUCUGUGGGCCGGGGCCCGCUUUCCGCGGGAGGCGGCUGCUGGGCUGGGCUGGUUUGGUGGGGAGGCAGGCAGGCGGGCGGGCGGGCGGGCGGUUUGACACGGAGGGGGACUGGCUCACUUUCUGGGGAAAUUUCUGUUCUAGUUGUUUUGGCAGAUUCAGCAGCUUUAGCAACGGGUACAACAAAAUAGCCUGUAAAAACGAAACAAAAAAAUUAAAAACCCACAAAAAAUAAUAAAAAAAAUUCCCAUAACUUCAA